CGACGAUUCCAUUUACUCUUUGAUUAGGGUUUUAUCAUUCUCAAUCAGGGUUUUAGUUUAAACAUCGAAUUAAGCACUGGAUUAGCUGAUUUUGUGUGAUUUGAUUUCAAAGUUCACAGCUUUUAGUUUCUCUGAUCCUAAUUUAUGAUUUGAAGUUUCUAUCAAAAGGUUUGAUUUUUAUGUUGACUUUGUGAUGAUGUUAAACCCCAUUUAGCUUUGGAUCCUAGAAUUGUCUUUAGGAUUGUAAAGUUUUAGUUUUUAUUGAAUUUGAUUCUGUUCAUGGUAGCUUCUUCUUUAACACGUCUCUUUGGUUUCAUCAAAAGCCAUAUUUAACUUUGCCUAAGUGGACAUAAAUUUCAUUCUCUGAGUACUGAUUCCAUAUCCUUUAUGUAAUGUCCUUUCACUAUCCACAUGUAGAUGCUUCUCCAUGUAGAGUUUGUGAUCUAGAGCAAAACAAAAACGUUAGAAAUAUUCUUGAGAGAUUGUUUCUUUUGACUAGAUAGUAAGGGAAUUGAUUCAAUGGUUCAUCUCCUUUGCAUAAAGUUAUAUUCUGUGUAUUAGUGUCUCAUUUCUCGUUGCCAUUCAACACUCUGAAUUAGGAUACUGUGUGGUGUUUUGCAAAACUGCUCUUGUGCUAUGACUCUGGCUAAUGAUUUCGGAUAUUCGACCGCUAUGUCUUCAUCUUAUUCAGCUCUUCAUACUAGUGUAGAAGACAGAUACCACAAGUUGCCUAACUCUUUUUGGGUUUCAUCAGGUCAGGAACUGAUGAAUAACCCUGUACCGUGUCAGUCGGUCUCUGGUGGCAAUUCUGGUGGUUAUUUGUUUCCUUCUUCCUCUGGAUACUGCAAUGUUUCAGCUGUCUUGCCUCAUGGAAGGAAUUUGCAAAACCAGCCACCUGUUUCCACCGUGCCUAGAGACAGAUUGGCUAUGCAGGAUUGUCCUUUGAUAGCUCAAUCCUCGUUGAUUAAUCAUCACCCUCAAGAGUUCAUAGAUCCACUUCAUGAGUUCUUUGAUUUCUCUGAUCAUGUUCCUGUUCAGAAUCUACAAGCAGAGAGUAGUGGAGUAAGGGUGGACUCAUCCGUGGAACUUCAUAAGAAAAGUGAAUGGCAAGAUUGGGCAGAUCAGCUGAUUUCUGUUGACGAUGGUUCUGAGCCAAAUUGGUCUGAACUUCUUGGAGAUUCAAGUUCCCACAAUCCAAAUUCAGAGAUACCUACACCAUUUUUGGAUGUACCAAGGCUAGAUAUAACAGCUAACCAGCAGCAACAGAUGGUUUCAUCAGAGGACCAGCUCAGCGGCAGAAACUCAUCAUCUAGUGUAGCAACAUCUAAACAACGUAUGCGUUGGACACCAGAACUUCACGAGGCAUUCGUUGAAGCUGUUAAUCAGCUUGGUGGUAGUGAACGAGCCACCCCUAAGGCUGUUUUGAAGCUCUUGAAUAACCCUGGCUUGACCAUUUAUCAUGUAAAAAGCCAUUUGCAGAAAUAUAGAACGGCAAGGUAUAAACCGGAGACUUCGGAAGUUACAGGAGAACCUCAAGAGAAGAAGAUGACAUCUAUUGAAGAUAUCAAAUCUCUUGACAUGAAAACGAGCGUUGAGAUCACACAAGCUCUACGGUUACAAAUGGAAGUGCAGAAACGUCUCCACGAGCAGCUCGAGAUCCAACGGUCACUGCAGUUACAGAUUGAAAAACAGGGCCGGUACCUACAGAUGAUGUUCGAGAAACAACAAAAGAUACAAGACAACAAGAGCUCUUCUUCAGAAGCAUCACCAAAGCAAUGCAAUGGUUCAUUUGCAGAAGUUGAAGUUGGUCUUGAGACACUAACAGGGGACCAAAAUGAAUCUGCUUCAGCAUCAAGGAAACGUGUCAGAGAAGAUUAAAGCAUGUUUAAUUUGAUCUCGUUUGACGAAACAUGUUUAUUGGGAAUUAAUUGUGGAAACCAACUCCAGUUUUGUUAAAAGAAUCUGUUUCUUUCUUAGCUCUGUAUUGUUCUAGUUUAGAAGCAGUUGAUUUGGCCUUGCAUGGCUGCAACACUAACUAAAGAGUAAAGACUAAUUGUGUAUAUCUACAUAUACAUUUUUGGGGACGAUUUGUGUCGAAAAAUCCUUUUUCAAUUUUUGAUAUUGUAUGUUUAGUCCCUACAAAAUCAAUCAGACAAGAUAUUUUCUUUAGGACAAUGACCAAAUUUUUGAUUAACAAUUAAGAUAUUGCACUAACUACUUACCUAAACAUAGAU